AUGGGUAACGGACAAAAAGCGCAACAUAAGCGGGAGCGUGCGAAAACCCAAGCUCAAAAGGCCCCAACUAGUCAACUCAAAACGAACGAAGCUGCGAAGAACAUAAUGUGUCAAGUAUGUCGUAAUACCUUUUUGUGUACUGUAAGACAAAAGGCAUUAACCGAACAUGCGGAAAACAAACAUAACAAGAAAUUGGAUGAAUGUUUUCCUGGAUUUGUUGAAAUAGCAAGGAAAUAG